CUGAUUCUGAUUUGGAUUCAAAUUGAAUCAACUUUGUUCUUCCCAAUCUACAUUGCCCUAGAACUCAGAUAAGCCAUAGAUGGAUCUUCUCAAGCAAGAGCUCCUCCGAAAGCGCCAGAGCCUAGCCGCAGACACCGGCGGCAAGCGAGUUUUCAAGCGCUCCGAGAUUGAGCAGAAGAACAUUCAGAAGCUGCGCGAGCAGGAAAAACGCGAAUUGGAGGCUAAAGCUCAACUUCAAACUACCGCAGCCACCACUGCCGUCGCCGGAACCAACAAAUCGAAUUCCUCCUCUACCACAACAACCGUCACAACGACGAAUUCAUCAACUGCGACCACUUCCAAAUCCCUAACCGACGAGCGAAACAUCGAUAACCUCGUGUUACCCAAGCAAGAAGUCAUUCGCCGACUCCGGCUUCUCAAGCAACCUAUAACUCUCUUCGGUGAAGACGACGAUUCUCGGCUCGAUCGGCUGAAGUACGUGUUGAAAGCUGGGUUGUUCGAGGUGGAUAGCGACAUGACUGAGGGGCAGACCAAUGAUUUCUUGAGAGAUAUCGCGGAGCUAAGGAAGCGUCAGAAGGUGGGAAUGAUGAGCGAGAGAAAGCGAAAGAAAAUUGAUGUUGAUGGGGUGGUGGAGGAUGGGGAAGGAGGUGGGGCGGAGGAGGAAUUGACCGAUGGCGAGUCAAGCGGGGUCGAUGCAGACAAGGAUAUGAAGCGAAUGAAAGCAAAUUUCGAUGACUUGUGUGAGGAAGACAAGAUUCUGGUGUUCUUCAAGAAGCUGUUGAAUGAGUGGAAGCAGGAGUUGAAUGAGAUGCAAGACGCCGAGAAGCGUACUGCUAAAGGGAAGUCCAUGGUUGCCACGUUCAAGCAGUGUGCGCGGUAUUUGCAUCCACUCUUCAAGUUCUGUAGGAAGAAGGUUCUCCCUGAUGAUAUCCGUCAAGCACUGAUGCUGUUCGUUGAUUGCUGCAUGAGGCGAGACUACCUAGCCGCAAUGGAUCACUACAUUAAGCUGGCCAUCGGAAACGCACCUUGGCCUAUUGGUGUUACUAUGGUUGGUAUUCAUGAACGUUCAGCUCGUGAGAAGAUCUACACCAAUAGUGUGGCCCACAUUAUGAAUGAUGAAACAACUCGUAAGUACUUGCAAUCUGUCAAGAGAUUAAUGACUUUUUGCCAACGACGCUACCCAACAAUGCCUUCAAAAGCAGUUGAAUUCAACAGCCUGGCCAAUGGUAGUGACUUGCAGUCUUUGCUAGCUGAAGAGGGGAUUUCAUGGGGCAGUGGUAGUAGUAAUCAAACCGGAGAGGAAAGACUUCGACUAAUGCCUGCCCCGAAAGAGAGCUAACCUUGUAUAUGAUCAUCUGUAAACAUGUUUGAAUUUUCUUAAUGCUGUCAGUCAACUUAUGCUUUCUUUAGUUGAGCUUUCGAUAAUUUACCAUUACUUAAUUUGGUGCGGAAGGAAAGAAAGACACGAUAAUUUAUAGUAGUUUUUGCCAUUUUGUUA